CUCCAUUCUCAAUUCCACAUAUCACUAUUCAUAAUGUUCCAACGGACCAUCCUCAGACAGGCUCAGGCCGCCCGCUCCAUCCUCUCCGCCUCCUCCCCCUCCACCGCAUCGCUGGCGCUGCGACGGACCACACAACAAGCUCGUCUCCCGGCUAUCCGGCCAUUCGCUCCCCGGUCUACUCGUCUCUACUCAACAGAGACCAAGGAAGCCACCGAAGCCGAGAACGCAGAGAACGCAGAGGCUGAGGACCCCGUGAAGAAGGAGCUCGAACAGAAGACUAAGGAAUCCAUUGAGUUCAAGGACAAAUGGCUCCGCUCUGUCGCCGAAUCCCGCAACCUCGUUGAGCGCAACAAGCGCGACAUGGACGCCGCCCGCAAGUUCGCCAUCCAGGGUUUCGCCAAGGACCUUCUCGACAGCAUCGACAACUUCGACCGCGCGCUGCUGGCCGUGCCCGCGGAAAAGCUCGCCGCUGCUAAGACCGAAGAGAACAAGGACCUCCACGAUCUCGUUGCUGGUCUCAACAUGACCCAGCAAAUCCUCCUCAACACUCUCCAGAAGCACGGUCUCGAGCGCUUCGAUCCCGCCGAGAAGGUCGACGGCAAGGCCCAGAAGUUCGACGCUAACUUGCACGAGGCUACCUUCAUGGCCCCGGCUGCUGGUCUCGAGGACGGUGAUGUUAUGCACGUCCAGAGCAAGGGCUUCCGUCUUAACGGCCGCGUUCUGCGGGCUGCUAAGGUCGGUGUCGUCAAGAACGCUUAAAUCGUCGACAAU